AUGGCACCUUAUAAAGCUUUGUAUGGUAGAAAAUGUAGAUCACCAAUCGGCUGGUUUGAAGUGGGUGAAACUGCCUUAUUUGGGCCGGAUCUUGUUCAUCAAGCUAUAGAAAAAGUUAAGGUGAUACAACAACGUCUAGAAACAGCUCAAAGUCAACCCAAAUCAUAUGCAGAUGUUAGAAGAAGAGGAAUUGAGUUUACCAUAGGGGAUUGGGUAUUCUUGAAGGUGUCUCCAAUGAAAGGGGUAAUGAGGUUUGGUAAAAAGGGGAAGUUGAGCCCCCGAUAUAUAGGGCAAUAUAAAAUUAUUCGAAGAGUUGUCCAAGUAGCCUAUGAGUUAGAGCUACCACAAGAGCUUUCAACAGUUCAUCUGGUGUUUCAUAUCUCAAUUCUUCGGAAGUGUAUAGGUGACCUAUCUCGUAUAACUGCUACUGAAGAUGUACAAUUUACGGGAGAUCUCACUUAUGAAGAAGUACCCAUUGGUAUUCUGGAUUGA